UAGUAAGCAAGCACUGCAGAAAUUGAAGUUGGUACUUAAAGUCCAGAAACUAACGGACCCCAUAGUUAGUAUCCUCACGGACAAUCGUACUAUGGUUGUAGAGGAUUACGUAGAGGGAGUCCAGGCGUAUUUCCGCCUAGAGAAAGAUGGGAAAGUGGAGAAGGUCCUCCACUCCCUAACUCUCCUCAUAGAAGACAGCCUCCCGUUUGAUAUUGUUCUGGUGAUGGAUUGGGGAGAGGCAGUCGGGGCCACGCUCCGUUUGAAGGAGCACGAGUGUAGGCUCCCUAGUUCUUCAGGCGAGGCCAAGACUGCCCGCCUGUUCCAUGUGUCAGGAGUAGAGAAUCCCUUGGCACAUUGCUGCCUUAGUGCUCCUGCGUUCGCCAAAUUAGUGAAAAAGGAGAAAUUGGAGGAACAGGGUUUUGUUACCUAUGUUAGGCCAGUGAUUGAGCCUACAGAAGAAAAGCCGAUGGACCCUGCGAUUGCCAAGUUCCUGGAAGAGUUCAAGGACCUAACUGAGCCGUCGAUAGGAGUGGUACCGCGGUCCAUCCAGCACCGCAUUGAGAUAGAGCCUGGCAGUAGAACUCCUAAGGGCGUUGUGUAUAGGAUGUCCCCACGAGAGUUAGAGGAGCUUCGCAAGCAAUUAGACGAGCUCCUCGAGAAGGGUUGGAUUAGGCCCAGUUCGUCUCCUUUUGGAGCGCCUGUUCUCUUUGUUCCCAAGAAAGAGGGAGAGCUGAGAAUGUGCAUAGACUAUAGGGGUCUGAAUGCUAUUACAGURAAGAAUGCUGAGCCACUGCCUAGGAUAGACGAUCUCUUAGAUCGAGUGCAGGAGGCGAAGUAUUUCUCCAAGAUAGAUUUGAAGUCCGGAUAUCAUCAGAUAGAAGUGCAUCCUGAUGAUCAGUAUAAGACAGCCUUCCGGACUAGGAAGUUCGUGAGGAACUUCUCCACCAUCGCUGCGCCCCUUCACAGAUUGUUGAGGAAAGAGACCAUCUGGAAGUGGGACAAGGACUGCACGUCUGCCAUGGAGAAGUUAAAGCAGGCGUUGAUAGAGUACCCGAUCCUUAAGGUAGCCGAUCCGUCCUUGCCCUUUGUCGUCACAACGGAUGCUCGCCAGUACGGCAUACGCGCGGUGUUGCAGCAAGACGAUGGCAACGGUUAUAGACCCGUAGAGUUCAUGUCCGCCAGGAUGCCUUCAGAAAAGGUCGCGACAUCUACCUAUGAGAGGGAACUCUACGCUCUCAGGCAAACCUUAGAACACUGGAAGCACUACUCGCUUGGGAGGCACUUCAAAGUCUAUUCCGAUCAUGAGACGUUAAGAUGGUUAAAGACGCAGGCCAAGAUGACACCUAAGCUUACUAGGUGGGCCGCAGAGAUAGAUCAGUACGACUUUGAGCUCAAGCCAGUCAAGGGGAAGUAUAACGUAGUUGCGGAUGCUCUAAGUAGGAGAGCUGAUUACUUUGGGGCAAUAGUGCAUUACUUAGACAUAGGGAAGGACCUACAGCAGAAGAUUAGAGAAGCCUAUGCACAAGACCCUAUCUAUAGUGACCUCCUCAAGAAGGUCAAGGAGGCCCCAGAGACUGAGCCAAACUACCGCACUACGGAAGGGUUGCUUUUUGAGAAGACUAAUGUAUUUGACCGCCUGUGCAUUCCCAAUAGUGAAGAGGUCCGUAGUUUGAUUUUGGGAGAAUGCUACGACACAGAGGGUCAUUUUGGUUGGCAGAAGACUUUAGCCAAUCUGAUGUGCGCAUGUACCUGGCCAGGGAUGACGAAUGACUGCAUAGAGUAUGUUCGCAGUUGUAAAGUCUGCCAGCGUAACAAGACUUCUACGCGUGCCCCGUUAGGUCUUCUCAGACCCUUGCCCAUUCCGGAUCAGCCGRGAGACUCRGUGUCYAUCGACUUCAUGGACACUCAGGUCAAGAGCAGGCAUGGCAAGAGCCAAGUCAUGGUCAUAGUUGACCGUUUUAUAAUGGGAGUGGCCCCUGAAGACUAUGUCUCCCGGCUAGGACUCAAGGACCAUACAACCUGGCGUGAGCUACUGACGGAUCUAGUCAACCUCGAAGCCAAGGACCUCGCCAAGCGUACGAAAACACCCACUGCAGGUAGAACCUCGCGACACAAGCGGUUCGGAAGCAGCAACCAGCUUGCCCUGCAUGAACAUCGGGAGGCUGAGGAUCAGUCCUAUGCGGACGAUCUGUCUCUAGAUGACGAUCUAGAGCCGGACUCUGACUUCAAGCAGCAAUGCCGUGUUCAAGGGAGUGUGGAACUGAUGCUCAUUAACCGCCGAUACAUCCGUGUGCUGAUUGAUAAUGGCUCAACGACUAACUUCUUUUCUCCUAACGGGAUUCGUAAGGCGGGUCUCGGAAUGAAGCAAGCGGAAUUGCAGAACCCUUGUCAGACCCAGGUAGGCAACCAAGAGGUUGUCAUCUCAACACAUGCUGUCAAAGGUGUGCACGUCACUUUUGACAAGGAUCGCACUGUCACACAUGAGUUGAACUUCUACAUCCUGGACAAGUGUCCUUUCGACGCGGUCAUUGGCUUGGGCUGGUUAAAGGCUCAUUGUCUAAGGACCACGUGGGCAAAUACUCAGUUCAUGGUGCGUGAUGCAAAGGGGAACGAGCGUACCGUUCUAUUGGACGAGACGCGGGAGUCCCCAGUGACUCUUUUGAGUGCAAACAAAUUAUGCAAAUCAGUGCGCAGGCGCAAGGAAGCUGAGCAUGUGCAUGUAACUCUUGUAAAACCUCUCCAUGUGCCUUCGACUUUUGCUGCAUUUUCUACCUCGGAAAAUAAUUUUGGUCCAUCUACUUCUACUGUAAAGAAUCAAUCUACUUUUGAUCCAAGUACUUCGAAUUCGGUUGUAAUGACUGUAAAUUCUCAAUCUGAUUUUCUCUCUCCUGAUGAGGAUGAUCCUCCUCCGGAAGUCCCAACAAACAUUCGCCGUCUAUUAAAUCGAUUUCCCGAAGUUCUGGUUGAACCUCGUGGAGUCCCCGAGCGUCCGGUCAAACACAAGAUCGAGAUAAUAGAAGGGAGCGUUCCUCCAAAGGGUUGCUUCUACCGUAUGGGACAAGGCGAGUUGGAGGAGUUGAGGAGACAAAUUGACGAUAUGAUUGAUCGUGGAUGGAUUAGGCCUAGUGAGUUUGAGUUCAGUGCACCUGUCCUGUAUGUGCCGAAGAAAGGAGGCAAACUCCGGAUGUGUAUUGACUAUAGUGGCCUAAACCGUAUCACCCGAAAGAACGCCUAUCCCUUACCUCACAUAGAUGAUCUGCUAGAUGUUGCAAGUGGGUGCAAGGUCUUCUCCAAGAUCGACCUCAAGUCUGGCUACCACCAAAUUGAAGUUGAUCCGGGCAACCAGCACAAAACUGCAUUCAAAACACGCGAUGGGUUGUACGAAUUCAUCGUUAUGCCCUUCGGUCUUACGAAUGCACCAGCCACAUUUCAAUGCCUCAUAGACAAGGUUCUCCGCCAUCAGCUCAACAAGUUUGUUGUUGUUUACCUUGACGACAUCCUGAUUUUCAGCAAGUCCAUGGAAGAGCACGUCAAGCACCUUGAGGAGGUUUUGCAAGUCCUCAAGGAGGCACAACUGCACCUCAACUUAGACAAAUCUGAGUUUGGAAGGGACAACGUCAUCUAUCUUGGGCACCGGUUGUCUGCAAACAGCCUUGAGUCGGAGGCAACCAAGGUUGAGGUCAUACGAAAGUGGACUCAACCGACGAAUGUACGCGAACUGCGUUCUUUUUUUGGUUUGGCUUCGUAUUACCGAAAGUUUGUGCCCAAAUUUUCUGUCAUUCCUCACCCACUCUCGAGACUAACAAGUAAAAAUGUUGCCCAUGUGUGGUGUGAGAAAUGCGAAACUAUGUUCCAAGCCUUGAAAGAGGCUUUGGUAAGUCAUCCUGUGCUUCGCAUUGCGGAUCCCAACCUCACGUUCGUAGUUACUACGGACGCGAGCGAGUAUGGGAUUGGGGCAGUGCUGCAACAAGAUGAUGUCGAUGGCCUGCGUCCGCUCGAGUAUUACAGCAAACGCAUGCCUAGCCACAAGGUGAGCAAAGGAGGACAUUCACAAGUCAUGGUCAUCGUGGAUCGUUUUUCCAAAUUUCUGAAUUUGAUUCCUCUACCUCCUCAUGCACCGACUGAGCUUGUGAUCGAAGAAUUUCACCAGCAGUACAUUCUGCAGUAUGGACCCCCGAAAACUCUUGUGAGUGAUCGAGACACCAAGUUCAUCAGUGCUGAUUGGAAGGACUUCGGUUAUCAGAUCUACGACAUUAAACUCAACAAGACUUCUAGUCGACACCCCGAAGCCAAUGGAUUGGCCGAGGAAAUCAACCAGACUGUCAUCCAACUACUUCGCGCGUUAAUUGUUCCAGAACAUAACACGUGGGACAAGGAGUUACACAAAGUGAAGGGGUUGUACAACAACUCCAUUCACUCUGCAAUUGGCGUGACACCGAAUCAACUGCAAUAUGGUUGGCAGUUGCGCAAUCCUCUCUCCUAUCUGUUCCUGGAACGGUCCCCUGGUCUGACACCCAACAUGCCUGGCUACAAUGCCAGGUAUGCAUGCUUGCUCAAAGAUGCUAUCGCAGCGAUGAACAAGCGUCAGCAUGCCAUGAUCAAACAUGUUAACAAGUCGCGCAAAGAAGGGAACUUCGAAGUAGGCGGUUAUGUUUGGGUUAAAAUGUCUGAGUUUUCUGACGAAGAGGGCGUAUCACGAAAGCUUCUUCCACUGUACUAUGGCCCUUGGCAGGUUUUAAAGGUGGUUGGGGAUGAUUUUGGUCCUUCGCAUGUGAUUGACGCACCUCCUCAUCUGUGCACAUAUCCGGUCUUUCACGCGUCCAAACUGUUUCCACACAUCGAUGAUGAGACUUUUCCCUUCCGAGAUCCUGUGAUACCUCGUCCUAUCAACGACGGCCAUGAGAUAGACAUAAUUGUUUCCCAUGAAGGAAGAGGGAGGAACAGACAGUACAACGUACACUUCCUCUAUCACCCGUUGAACGAGUUCUACUGGAUAGAUCGAAAAGAGCUGCUAAAGAAUGUUCCCCGUGUUGUUAACGCUUAUGAACGACAGAUUGCUGAUGGACAGACUGCGAAGUUUUCUGCAAAACUCACUCCUCACAGUUAUACUAAAUCUCUCUUUCUAAUCUACGCCUAUGAUGCAUUUUGUGCCGACUCUGAAUGAGUUACCCGCUUGAAGGGACCUCGCUCUUGAGAGGGGGGUAGUGUAAUGACCCGCCAAAACACAGACUGAGAACACUGCUGAUUUCUGGGAUUUGCUGCUGGAAUGAAUGUCUUGCUGAAAU